AUGAAAGCGCCAUCUCAACAGCUUCUAAUUUUAAAACCAGAAAAUCCAAUGAAUAUUCCUCAAUGGACCUGUUCCCUUGUUGCAUGUCAUCAAGCAGUUAAUUCAAGUGUUGACCUGAGGCACAUGGAAAUGGAAGGGAGGGGGUUUUCUGGCUUAUACAAGAAUUCAAGUGAGGAGUUGUUUCUGAAGACAGUGAUGGAGAGUCCUAUUGGUAUGCCAGUGCCUACCAUGGAUAUGUUGGGUUUCAAGACUGUUUCACAAACCUUCCGCACCGACAGUGAGGAGCUCUUUAAACGUUGGCUAACAAAUGGAGAGGCAAGCCACUAUAUAUGA